AUGUUGGAGGAGGCUGCAAUCAGCGUCCUCGAUGCAGAGAUUCAGCGAAAGUUCUCAUGGUGGGAUGCGGAUGGAGCAGACACUUGCGCACUGUUCUGCUCGUGGAUGCAGCAGGUGCUGGCUGAGGCUGAGGAGGAACGGAAACAUCAAGCGAUGGACAUUGAAGGAACAAAAGAAGCCUUGAGGAGCAAGCUUGCGCGUAUGACGAGGAGACUUCAUCCCGUUAGCUCUGAACCUUCACCGGAGGCCGAUUGGGAGGAGCUGCGGGAGAAUUUACCGGAGGAAGGAAAGGAGCUGCUGAAGAGGAUGAGGGAGGAGGAGCCUGCGGUCGACCUUCCUCGCACGUGGCAUCAGCUGCAGCUGAAUCAGAUCGGCUGCUACUCCUUGACGGAGCAUGUGGGAGGAGGAUACGAGCGUGUAUGGCGUUUCCUCACUUCCUCCUCCCUCCUCCCCCUCACCUCCGUCGGCUUCAACCACAGCUGCUCUCCCAACCUCCUCCGCCUCUGCAUCGGUCCCAUCGUUCUCUUUCGCUCCUCUCGCUCCAUCCGAGCUGGCGAGCAGCUCACCAUCUCGUACGUGGGUACCGACCAGCUGAGAUGCAGCGUGUGCCUCAAGGAGGAGGAGGAGGAGGAGGAGGAGGCGCAAGAAAUUGUGACCGAGCUCCCCGUCUCCCUUCGCGCUCAGAUCUCGCUAGCAACAGCCGAGGAAAGAAUCGAAAUGAUUGAGCAGAGCAUCUUGGAUGGCAGCGCGUUCAAGGUAGAGGCUGAAGGCAGCGUGAACGAAGAGAUCAAGGCGAGGGUGAGGCUACAGCAUCGAGAUGAGAUGGAGCUCAUGAUACAGAUGGGGCUAGCAGAACUUGAGCUCAAGCAUUGGAGGAGAGCGACUGACACAUUCUUGCGAGCGAGAGUGAGAGCAAAGAAGCGAUGGCUGCCUGCUGACGCGAGAGACGAGGUCUUUGUGAGCUUCUUACUGCUGAGCUUGGUGGGACGAGUGGCAGAGCAACUGGAGGAGGAAAGUGAAGGAGACACUGAGAAGGACCAACGGUGGCAGCGUUUGCUCAUUACGCAUGCGGGACUCGUUGUGGGGAUGGUGGAGGAGGAGGAGGAGGGGGAGGGUAUUCCUCGCCUGCACGUGAAGGAUCUACCACCUGAGAUGUUCUGGGAAGAGUUCAUGAUGAAGAACCGGCCAGUGAUGAUAGAGGGGCUGACGGAGGGCUGGGAGAUCGUCCGAUGGGUCAGCGAUGGGCAGCUGAGAACUGAUCGACUUCGAGAGAGCUACGGCAAGGAGGAGGUGUGCGUGCACAACUGCCGAAAGAAAGUUCAGGUCUGUCAUGCUGACGCUCCUACCCCAAUGACGCGCGGGAAGGACUGGAACCUCGCGAAGCUGGAGGAAAUGAAGCGAAAAGCAGACGAGAGGGAAGGAGGACAGCAGGAGGUUGAGGAGAGCAAGCAAAUGACCAAGAGGAUCUACAAGUGUCCGGAGCACUUCGAAGAAGAUUGGUUGAACCGUUACGAGAGGAACUUUGCGUCCGAUCAUAGGUUUGUUUACGUCGGUCCUGCCGGAUCCUUCACUCCCUUCCACAAGGACACGCUCAACUCGUUCUCGUGGUCCUCAAAUAUCUGCGGCUGCAAGAGGUGGUGGAUGCUUCCGCCCGAGUACGAGCAGGAGACGCUGGAUGGGGAGGGCAAGGAGCACAUCUUUGACGUGCGCGAGGAGGAAGGGGAGAAGCACUGCCGCUUCGUCCUUGCGCGGCCUCGGAUCACCACCUUCCUUCAGCGAGCCGGGGACACGAUCUUUGUGCCGAGCGGGUGGUGGCAUCAGGUCGAGAACGUAGAGGACACGGUGAGCGUUAACCACAACUGGGUCAACGCGAGCAACGUGAGCUGGAGCUGGGAGCUCUUGAAGGAAGAGGCAGAGAGGAGGAGGAAAGAACUCGGCGAGCAAGACUGCAAGGGUGUCGUACAGGAGGUGCUGGAGUUUCGCCUUGGAUGGAACUUCCGGAGCUUCUUGGUCUUUCUGCGCGAGUGCCUGGAGCUCGAGGUAGAGCAGGCCAGGCGUCUCCUCCUCCUACCGGUGGACAACAAAGACGGAUUAGCUUGUGGUCGGCGGAAGCUGCGGCUACAUGGACUCGAGCGACUCCUCGCCAUCCUCCCCGAGGUAGCAAGGAUGUUGGGAGAAGAGGAGGAGGAAGGAGGACGGAUGGAGGAAGCAAACAAGCUUCUGGUAUCUCUCUCUUCACAACAAAAGUAG